CAUCUGUCAACAACAUAACCCAAAAUUUUCUUGUAACUACGACGUAAACAUAACAUUUUUUUUUAUUAUGUGCGACAACGUUGAAAAUUCACCGGGAAAAAGAGCCAUGGAAAUAAUGGAUACUAUUCACAAAGAAGUAGUCUUCAAGAAGCCUCUAAGUAUACCACGUAGAAGAAGCAAAAAGAAAGUACUGGAUGAAGAGACUUAUGUUGAGGAAAUUGGUAACAUCAUCCAAAGAGACUUCUUCCCCGACUUGGAAAAGUUGAAAGCGCAAAAUGAGUACCUCGACGCAAUGGACCGGAACGAUACUAUAAAACUGAGAGAACUGUACAUGAAAUAUAGUGGGAAUAAACCUCCCACAGAAAGAAUUCCUAGUCCGGCUACUUUCGAAACACCGGCCAAUAUACACAACUCCCAAAGUACCGAGGCACCUGUGACAGAAGACGAGAUUGUCGAUUUGGAGAAGACUGAGGAAACGAAAGAAAAACGUCUGAGCUUGGACCAGUACCUGAAUUCUCACACGUCUCAGGAUAACGAGAGCUUCGAAGAGAUCCUGGUAGAAUCGGAACAGAAACACAGGCAGAAAUAUUCGUAUUUGUAUAACGAAGAGGAAAAAAGCGAGGAGGAUCAGAAACAGCUGCUGGCUUUGCCGAACAUAGAAAAGCAGGCGUUACUACCAGAGAAGAAGUUCAACGUAGACACUUGGGGGUAUAAAAAUAAAAACUACAUAAUGUACACGCCGGACGGUGUUAGCUUAACGGAAAGCGAGGAGAAAGAGUUGAAUUUAAAGAGACACGAAGUCAUUUACUCGAAUACUAGGCUGUCGACGAAUCCGUUUAACGAGGUGCAAAGCAAAGAAACCAUCAACGAGCUAGCAAAGACACAAGCUAAGGUUUUAGACGGUAAGAUAGGUGUGGACGGCAAGGAACUGCUCAAAGCGGAGACCCCUAAAAUCGGCGGGUUUGGAUUCGUGCGGUCACCGUCGCCUUCUCCCAGCAUUUUAGGCAGCCCGUUAAUGACCUGGGGUCAAAUCGAGGGCACCCCCUUCAGAUUGGACGGUAGCGAUACUCCUAUAUCGAGGUCUCAGGGACCAUCGUUUAAAAUGUCGGAACCGCCGAGGAGAGAGCAGCUGGCUUUGGCCUUGGCGGAGAAGGUCGGAGAGAAGAAUAGGAGUCAAAAGAAGAAGAACAUCGAGGCGCAGCGACGGCAGUUGGCAUCCCCUUCGCCCAGGCCGAACACCUCGGCAAUUGACAGGCUGGCAACGAUGUCCCCAGCCGCGAGAAUGCUGGCUACGUCUAGGCUGAAGUUGGGCGUUAAUUCCGACCUGCGGUCGGUGUACUCGCCCAGCCCCCUCUCGAGGCUAAAAACACCGACUCCCGUGAGAACGCCAAAGAGACUAUCGACUCCGAAGAUAAACGUGAAGAGCAAGAAAACGGUGGAAGUCUCCACGGAUGACUUGCUAAAGAUUAAUUUUCCCAAAAGGCACAAGGCUUCGGACUUUUUUUAAUUUGUUAAGUGAAAAGUUUUAUUUAUUUACGAAUGUAAAGUGUAUUGUUACGGAUAGUGUAAGAAAAUAUAAAUUAUUUGUUA